ACGUACCAUAGAGGAGGAGCGGCUAGGUGGCCGCCCCCUCGAGCCGCCAGCCCCGGAGCGGCGGGGCCGCGGCCAUGGCGGGGACGGCGCUGAAGCGGCUGAUGGCCGAGUACAAGCAGCUGACCCUGAACCCACCAGAAGGGAUCGUAGCAGGUCCCAUGAAUGAAGAGAACUUCUUUGAAUGGGAAGCUCUGAUUAUGGGUCCUGAAGACACCUGUUUCGAGUAUGGGGUCUUCCCUGCAAUUCUGAGCUUUCCACUCGACUACCCGUUAAGCCCUCCGAAGAUGAGGUUCACGUGCGAGAUGUUCCACCCAAACAUUUACCCAGAUGGGAGAGUUUGCAUCUCUAUUCUUCAUGCUCCUGGGGAUGAUCCCAUGGGAUAUGAGAGCAGCGCUGAGCGGUGGAGUCCCGUGCAGAGUGUGGAAAAGAUCCUCUUGUCUGUUGUUAGCAUGCUGGCAGAGCCAAAUGAUGAAAGCGGAGCCAAUGUAGAUGCCUCCAAGAUGUGGCGGGAAGACAGAGAACAAUUUAACAAAAUUGCCAAGCAGAUUGUGCAGAAGUCACUUGGACUUUAAGCUCGCAAAGAGACAGAAGUGUUCUGUAUUUCUCUCCACCUGAAAAUGAGCAGUGCUCAGUGCUGGUACCAAAAAGGAAAACUUUUCAAAACUAGAUCUUCUUAUAAUUCGUUAUUUAUUUACCAUCUCUUUUCUUCUUCCACUGCUCCGGAAAAGCCUCUAGUUCACUCACUAAAUUGUGUGGAAAAGGGAUUUAAUACUGGGGAAAAAUAUGGAGACAAUGCUGUUUCAAAGGCUGCUUCUUGCUACCUCACUUCAUGGUACGGAAAGCUUGGAGACUUUGCAACCUGCAGCCCACCUUCACCAAUCUGCUGUUUGAGAACAGAGCUGGCUUGGAUCACCUGCUGGAAGAAUCAGUUGUAUGUUUUUAUAGGUAGCGUUGCAUCUGGAGCACCAGUAGAUGGGAAAUAAUCUUACCAGUUUUAUGAAACUGGCUAAGCUGAGGACAGCGUUUGCAGUCAGAACUGAUUUGAAGAGUAGGGUUAGCAAGAGAGACUAUAAAACAAGGUUAUGGUCAGGAUGUGUUAGGAAAGAAAGGGAUUGUGCAGCACGCAACUUUAACAGAAGAUCUAGAGUUGUCAGUGAGUGGCUGGGGGUCUGGAAUGGGCUGCUGUUCCCGUGUAACACUGUGAGUUUGUGUUGAGCCUUUGAGUCGGUGCUUGGAAGACAUCCCAAGAGCUGCUUUAUUACUCCUUAAAGACACUCAGUUGUAAACUUUACAUUCAGUUAGAGGUGCAAGAUGUAAAGACCGGAUUCUUAAACAUUUUGGUCAGGUUCCCCGUGGGUGAGGUAGGUCACUGGCAGUCUGGAAAUCCAGUGAGAGCGUGUUGGCUCCUCUGGGCAUGUAAAACAUCGCUGCAAUAAUGUCAGCUCCUCUCCUGUUGACAUUUGGCUGUGGAGAGGGUUAGGCACUGCUGGCCUUUGCCAUUACAGCCCAGGUCACCCGUUUUUCAGGCGAACGAGUGAAGAUGGACGUGACAAGUUUUGUAAAAUUAACCGUAACACUUAUUUAUGCUGACUGCUCUUGUGUAUUUGAAUGGGAGUCAGAGAAAACACCGCCUGUUUUUCUAGAGGCUGCUACGCCGCCUGUUUGGAACUGCAGAGCGUUGUAGCCGACCGCUGGUGUGGAGGGUGUGGGAAAUACCAGCUGCAACAAUCAGUUUGCACAACUGCUUAGGGGCCACUGCUGACCUUUGUGCUUUGCAAGCAAAUCUCUUGUGUAGGUCCAAAUCUUCUCCAGUUUACUACAAGCAAUAACAUGCCCGUUGAUAGCACGUGGAAUCACGUUUUGUUGGCAGCUUUAAAGGGGCUAAACUUGAGAAGGGCUUUUUAUUUUUCUGUGAAAAGCGUGUGACGUGGAAGGAGUCGCGCGGUGGAGAGAGCUGAACAGAAGUGACUGUGUGCAUGCGCGUGUGGACAACUUGUCAGUAUUUAUGUCUUGCUGCCUGUGCUGCAUGUUCACAUGCUGCAGGUCGCAGUAUGCCAUCGUUGUGCACCUCUACAGAGUUCCUAUUGCUACGACUUGCUGAUCGUACCUCCUUGUAGAAGUAAUUCUUGCCUUGGUGUAAGGGUGGGAGGGGGACCUGACAUAGUUUCGGAGCAGAGGUGAUGAAAUAGUGUUGUACCUAACUAGUAUUUCAAGGCAUACAGGAAAAUGUAGAAUUUCUAUGCAAACUGGGAGCAUUUUUUUUUGAAUUGUAGUAGAUGGAGUGUUGUUCCUGGGAGUACUGCAGCUGCUUUUGGACACAACGCUGGGGAGCUGUGAGCACCACACGCCAAACGAUGGAUUCUGCAGUCGUGGCAAAAGUGGGCUUUUUUUCAGUGCAGAGUAUUUUAUUCGUGUGUGCUCAUUCAUUAUCUUUAUUUUAUGGUGGGAUCUAGUCUGUAUACUGAAAAUAAAGUGAUUAUAUUUUCUCCUUUCA